CUCUCCGACCCUCCCGCAGCUCGGUCUCCAGCGGAAGUGCAUCUACCGAUCCGCAUACCGACAUUCUCGUGCCGAGUAGCGACAAGGAGGAUGGUGCCGGAAUGAAAAUACAUCGAAAAAGUCCCCGCCGGAUAUAUAUGCUCCGUUUGCAAGAAGGUCUACGGACGGUACAAUUCUGUCUCUUACCAUGUGACAAUCUACCACCAUAUAUCCAUUUCCACAAGUACUAUCGGCAUCACAUUCCGCUGCCGGAUACGAUCGAUUUAGGCUCGAGAAAAUGCCCAUUCUGCCGGCACGUCAGCAAAAGCCCGGCGAUGCUCGAGAGCCUCGCAAGACAUGUUCCAGGCGAUAGAACGACUAACGACUACCCCGCUAUCGGUCCAUACGGCCGUCUACCCGUCGUAAACGUCUCGCUGUCGACCGGCGCCUUCUCUAUUCCCCAAUCCACCAUCAACCCCAGCAGAUACACUGUACGCAGUGCCAUUUCACGUGGAGUUUUAUAUUUUAGU